AUGGCGCGCAAAGCAAUUCAAACAGACCAAAUCGUCAAACUCAUCGUCGGCGCCGGCCAAGCCUCGCCCUCACCACCCGUCGGACCCGCUCUCGGAUCCAAAGGUGUAAAAUCUAUGGAUUUCUGCAAGGAAUUCAACGCGCGCACCGCAAACUACAUCCCCGGCACACCCAUCCCCGCCCGCGUAACAGUCCGCCCCGACCGCAGUUUCACCUUUGACCUCCGCACACCCCCCACCGCAUCUUUACUCCUCCUCGCCGCCGGUGUCGAAGCCAAGAAGAAUAAACUCCGCGGUGCUGGAAACGUGGCGGGCCCGAAUUCCAAAGCUGGCAUGUCUGGGCUGGGAAAAGCAAGUGGUGCGCAAUUGGCAGCGGGGAAUGGAGGCUUGGGUGUUGUGGGGACGGUGAGCUUGAAGCAUGUUUUUGAGAUUGCGAGGAUCAAGCAUGCGGAGGAUAGGUUGAGUGGGUUGAGUUUGGAGGGGGUGGCGAGGAGUGUUGUUGCGCAGGCUGGGAGUAUGGGGGUUGUGGUUGUGCCUUGA